AAAUUAUUGUUUAAUUUAAGUAGUUACAAAUAUAAACAAAAUGAAUGAAGAUCAAAAAUUCCAAUUAUAAAUUAAAUAUAAGAAUAAAAUACUCUAAUGGAAUUUUGUGCCUUCUCUUGAAAGACAUUAUCCUCUUAAAAUAAAUGUGCAAUAUGGAAAAGUUUGGUCAUCAUAAUAGAAUUAAUAAACCCGAUAAAUUUACAAAACCAUACAGGAUUUGCUGUGCUCCAGGAUGCAGAUCCAAUUUCUCAAUAGAUAGUGAUCCUAUACAAACAUUCCCGUUUCCGGAUAAUAAAAUAUUAAGAAAAAAGUGGCUGGCAGCGAUAAAAGCGGAUUUAAAAAUUAAGUUAGUUUCACCACAAAUUUGUAUUAAGCAUUUUGAAAAUAAUUUUUUAAUACGUAAAGUGGAAAUUCAAAGUUCAGAUUCGGAAACUGUUAUAUAUUCGAAUAGUAAAAUUCAACUUACUGAAAAUGCUGUUCCAACCAUAUUUUUCGAUGAACAACAAUUACCAUGUACUAAUAAUAGUGAUGUAUUUAUCGAUAAUGAAGAAAUUCAAUUUACAUAUUCCAAAAUUGAAAAAACACAAAAUUUUUGUCGCAUAUGUUUAGCUAGCAAUAUAAGACUUAUUACUCUAGCAAAAGUUCGGAAAAUUGGUUGUAAUGCAGUAGAAAUUGAAAAUAAUGAGCAUGGAUAUUUAUUUGAACAAUUGUUCCACAUUAAAAUCAGUGAUUUACCGACCUGGUUAAAAAUAUGUUUUGUUUGCCAAAACCAACUGGAAAAUUUUUAUAAAUUUCAAAAGAAAGCCGUUUUAACACACAACAAUCUUAUAGAGAUUUCUAAAAAUGUCAAACUAAUGGAAAUGAUUUACAAAAAAUCCAAAGAAAAACCUUUUUCCGCCACAGAUUUUUUUUCUAUCAACGCCACGAGUGAAGAUUAUGCUGAUUUAAUUGAAGAUGAAUGGAAUGAAAACAUAAAUUUAAUUGAAAACCAGAACAUAUCAGAUAGUAAGAAUGAUAACCUUUCCAAAAACUCAAGCCCAAAGUUCGAAAAGGUGGAAUAUUUAGAUACAGAGAUUACUGAAGUAAUUUUUAAUUGCCCUAAGUGCUUAGAGCAAUUUAGUUCACAAACUGAUUUUCAUUUCCAUAUGAAAAAUCAUAAUAAAGAUAGGAGUUCUGAUGCGAUUGAUCAUAAUAUAUUCAAAUGCGAUUAUUGCCCUAAAAAAUUUAAAAAUGAAGAUUGCCUAAUUAAUCACAAAAUUCUGCACUACAAUGGUAAUGAAAAUUGUGUAAUUGAAUGUGAUACAUGUGACGAAACAUUCGCUUGUGCAGAUAUAUUUGUACAGCACAAAACCAUUUGUUCUUCAGCUGUUACUAAAAAUGUUCUCAAAUCUGAAAUAUGCUCCCAGAAACAAAAUAAUGAAAAGAGUUUCCCCGAUAAUGACCAAUCUCACAAAAAUUUUGAAAACACUCAACGCCCAAUUUGUCAUCAAAAUAAUAAAAAUUAUAACGAGCACAUGAUCGAAAACCACGAAACUCACGGUGUAAAUAAUAAUACGGAGACGUUUCGCAUAGGAAAUUUAUGUCAAUUAUGUAAAAAUAUAUACGGAACGGAGGAACUUUUGCAAAAACAUUUUUAUCAAGAUCAUUUGGUCGAAUUCAAGCUUAAGUGUCCUUUUCCUAAAUGUUCAAUAUCAUUUCAAAAUGAAAUAUAUUUAAAAAGUCACCUAUUAGAUCAUCAAGAUUCUUCUAAACAAAGUUUUUUAUUUGAAAUUAAUAGAGAAAUUCUUAAGAUCAAAGAAACCGUUGAAAAACCAAUAUCUUCAAAAGAUAUUCAAGAUAAACACAUGGAUAUUAAUAACUUUAUACCAAUGGAAUCAAUUCAAUCAAAGCUCACAGCACAAAACGAAAAUGUUAGCGACAAUUCAUAUUACGAAAUUAUUGUAAAAGAAGAGGAUUUAAAUAAUUUUUAUUCAAAUAAUAACGUUGAGGAUACUGUAUAUGGACGACGAAAAAAUAAAAAUAAAAUUGAGUAUAUAGAAGAAGACGUUAUUGUAAAAAAUAAACAAAUUUAUGAUUCAUCCAGUGAAACCGCGAAUGAAGAAACUGACAUUUUUGAAAUAGACAUAAAUCCUGAUUUUUAUUAAAAAUAUCAACAUAAUUAUUAUGUUUUGUUGAUAAGUUAAACUUUUUCAUAUUUUACCAACAUUUCAUUAAGAUUGUUAAACACUACAUAACAAAUACUUGUUAUUGGAAUAAUAUUAUAUUCAUAUGAUAUAAUGGUAACCGAUUUGAUGUUCAUGUGCCUUUAACAUAAUAGGAAUAGCUUCAGUUCAACUAAACUCAGUAUAAUUUAAUUAAAAAUAUUAUAACUUAUACCUUAUUUUUUAUAGAAAUACUAAUUUUUUUAAGAUAAUAACUCAUUUAUAGAUCAUACUUAAACAGAUUCAAAAUUUUUGAAUAAUAUUU